UUUAUUUUUAACUCGGUUAGUUUGGAAUUGUAUCAAAAUGGCUGCCUUUAUAUUUAAAUACCGAGGAAUUCGCUAUAAAAUCGGUUUAAAUAUUUUACGGGUGGUACUAUGUAUGCCAAUAUUAUCAAGUUACUGAUAAGAAUGUAAACAAACAAACAUUGACUUUAAAUUUUGCAAAACUCAACAAUUUGAUUAUAAAUCCACAUAUUUAAUCAAUAUUCGUAGUUUCAUUGCUGUGUUCUGUAAAUAUAUUUUAUCAACCAUGGUGAAAAUUCUUCUUUACUUUUAUAUGACAUGUUAGUAAUUUUUGCGAAAAGAUGAAUCAAAAUUGCUUGAUUUGCAGCAGCACCACCAGCAAUUUCAUCAAUGUGUUCGGGGAGAGUGGUACCCUACAGUCCCAGAGGAAAUUGGACGCCUUGCUCAAUGAAUUGUUUGGGGUUAAGAUCACCAAUGACCCGGCCACCACGGCUGUUAUAUGUAAAAAGUGCUACAAGGCUUGCUCCGAAUAUGAUUCUAUUCAAGUCAGGCAACAAGUAAUAAAGACAGAAUUGCAAAGCCAAUUCUUAGAGAGGCGGCCAAAAACUGAACCCAUAGAGGAAUCUGAGAAGAGCACAUUUAAGAAAUUAGUGUUGCCCCCACCCAAAAAGUUAGUGUUGCCAGCAUCGAAAUUACAGCCGCUUCCGGCCGAUUUUGUGAUAGACACGAAGUUGGUGGCCGCUUCCAAAUCUCAGUUUAUAUUUGCCAACAGGUUAAAUAAGACGUCAAAACCGCCGACUCUCAACUUGAAAGUGACCGUCGGUUCGUCAGUGCUCACCCAAAGCAUAAAGACCAGCGUUUCUCAAACCGCCACCUUGACGUCGAAGGAUUCUCAAAAUGUCGUCGUCACGUCGCUAAUGUUGCCCACCAGUGUUGCCAGUUUCAGUCACAUGGGAGGCGAUGAUGUUGAAAACACUGAUGAUCAGCCCAUGGAGAUUGAUGAAGAAUGUUCCUUGGCCGUAGUACCGGUAUCGUCCAACUCUAGUGAGAAACUCGUUUUUGUGGACACUUCUAAGAAUAAGACAGAAAAAUCAGAGAACUACAUAGAUUUAGGCCUGCUGUUGUCGGGGAGCGGCGUUACAGACGAACACACGAGCAAAGAUGUCGCCGCGCUGGAGAAGCUGGAGCUGAACGAGGAGGACGAUCAUGAGCAAGCUAUAAUAAUGUCUGCGGAGAACGGCGCCACAAUAAUACGGCUCGGCUCCACGCAUCAGAUAUUGUAUGAGGACGAGCUGAACGACAACAAUUCCAGAGAUUCCACGUCGAAUUCUUACGAGGAGUCCCAGAUUGAACUCCAAGUGUCUGGUGAUGAGGAAACCGCUAACGCCAUCAUUGCGGCUGCUCAGGAGCAGGGCGGCGCUUUCAUAAAAGUGGAGUCGGGCGAAAUGUUUCGUGUGAAGUCUGUGCAGAGCAAGACUGAGGAGGACGUGGAAGACACCACGCCGCUCGUGAAGCCCGAAGAUGGACAGUUCAGAUGUCUGCUGUGUGACCAAAUUGCUAAAGACGAGCCGUACAGCGCUAACGCGGAAUCCAUGAUGCAACAUUUGAAGAACGCGCACGACGCCCGCCUCUACAUUUGUAACUGCGGCAAGAUCAUGAGGAAGCGCUCCAUGUACAGCUUGCAUAUACUGGAGCACAUGCCCGAUUUACCAGCGGACAAGGGCCGAGUGCACGAGUGCGGAGUUUGCGGCCGGCGGUACUCCAACAGGACGCUGCUGCGGGAGCACGUGCACUCGCACACGGGCGACAGGCCGUACGCGUGCUCGCUGUGCGACAAGACGUUCGCCAACAAGUACACGCACCAGGCGCAUUUGAGGAUACACGAGGUGAGGCCGCGUCCGUUCAAAUGCCAGCAGUGCGGGAAGACCUUCUUCACGCAGCAGAAUCUGAACCAGCACGAGAAGACUCAUUUGGGAAUAAGGGAUUUUAUCUGCAAAGUUUGCAACAAAGCUUUCGCAACCCAGCACAAUUUGGAGGUCCACGGCGUCAUACACAGCGGUAAGAAACCGUUCGCCUGCGAAUACUGUCCCAAGUCGUUCGCGAGGAGAGCGGAACUCAGAGAUCACACUAGGAUACAUACUGGCGAGCGCCCGUUCUCGUGCGACAUCUGCUCGGCGACGUUCACCCAGCGCUCCAACUUGCACUCGCACAAGCGCGCGACCCAUUUGGACGACAAGAGGUAUCAUUGCGAGCAGUGCCCGAAGAAGUUCAAGAGGAGAAGACUUCUAGACUACCACAUAAAGGCGGCGCACACUGGCGAGAGGCCGCUGCAGUGUGAACUGUGCCCGUCCACGUUCGUGUACCCGGAGCACUAUAAGAAGCACAUGAGGAUACACAGCGGGGUCAAACCUUAUGUUUGUGAGGUUUGCGGUCACGCGUUCAACUCCCGCGACAACAGGAACACGCAUCGUUUCGUGCACAGCGAGAAGAAACCCUACGAAUGUCUCACUUGCGGCGCCGGGUACAGGAGGAAACAGCUGCUAUACGCGCACAUGAACCAGACGGGCCAUAUAGCGGAGUCGAUAGUAGUCAACCAGCCAAGAGUUAUAAAGGCUGCUGAUAAUUUGUACGAAGCCAAAGAGGAUUUAGACGUCCAGGAGAGUGCCGGCAUUGAGGUGGAGACAAACAACGAAGCGAAGCUGUACAUCACCAGCGACCAGACGUUGGUCUUGGAAGACGGCAGUACAAUCAACAUGGUUGGCGAUGCGAGUGAUAAUCUGUUACUACAGGAACUGAACGCUUCUAUAGUGACGGCCGAGGGCAUUGGCGACGUCAAACUGAAGAAUACGCAGAUGCUGACAGCGGAUUCCAAUGGCGAGCUCAUGCGACUCAUACAAAUACAGUUGGCUGAUGGAAAGAGCGGAUGGGUCGCCGUGAACAAACCCAUCAACGAAGCGGAGAUAUAAGAAAAUAAAUGAAUAAAUAUACAUACAUAUGGUCGCGUCUAUAUCCCUCGCGUACAUACAUACAUAUGGUCGCGUCUAUAUCCCUCGCGGGGUAGACAGAGCCAACAGUCUUGAAAAUACUGAUAGGCCACGUUCACCUACUAUAUGUAUAAAUAAAUAUAUAUGCGACAAAUUACACAAAUUGAGUCAGCCUCGAAGCUAGUUCGAGACUCGUGUUACGAGAUACUAACUCAACGAUAAUAUAUUUUAUAAUAAAUACUUAUAAAGAUAAACAUCCAAGACCAUAGGCCAAUCAGAAAAAGUUCGUUUCUCAUCGUGCCCUGGCCGGGAUUCGAAUCCGGGACCAACCGUGUCACGGACAAGCGCACUAGCGCUGCGCCACAGAGGCCGUAAAAUAAUAGCAGAUAUAUAACACACUAAACUUUUGAUUAUUUACCUGUUUGCUAUUUUCUAAAGGUUGGUAGCAAUUGCUAUGAGCAUUAAGUCCACUUUUUGUACAUUUGAGGCUCAAUAAAGUUUUAAAUAAAUUAAUGAAAUCAACUACUUACUACAAUCACAAAUAAGAACAAAAUAUUAAAAUAAAAAAAGAAACACAAUUUUAAAGCAUUACCUACAUAUUAUUUAAAGUCUACUACUUUCUCUUUAUUUGUAUUGUAUUUUAUUUGUGUUGUCUAUUUACUUUCUCUGUCUAUAUGUAUUCGCUAAUCUCGGAAAGCUGUGGACGGACUUGGUUCCUGUUUGAAAUGUUGGAAAGAGGGUUUUCUUAGGAAGGUGUAUAUCUAUAAAUGCUAAGCGAAGCCGUGGCGGGUCGCUUGUAUUUCUCUAAAGCACACAAUCCAAUUGUCAUGUUCAAAUUUCUAUGUUGUUAGCUGUUUUUGUUGAGUCACUAUUUUUUAAUGUAAAAUAUAUAAAUGUAAAUUACUUUUUAGCAAGAAUUAUUUGUAUCAUAUUACAUUUAUCAAAACAAUAGGAACAACAUAAUUUAUUCCAUUGUAAAAUUUUAUUAUUUUACAAGGGAUUAAAGACUUUUUUAUAUAUGAUACGAUGGGCUGUAUACUUAAACGAUAUCCUUAAGCUUUAUAAGAAAAGUGUAAAUAUUAGAGCUUUAAUGAGCAAUAAAUAUUUAUCAUGUGAUAUAUUGA